AUGACAAACUCCAGCCUGGUUCCGUCGUUCUCCCUCCAGGCGUAUUUGGACUCGGGGCCGUUUCAGCCUUUUUACUUCACCCUCCUGCUGUGUUUGUAUGUUUUAAUUGUAGCGUCCAACGUUCUCCUCAUCGCGGUGGUCUGCGGUAACCGGAGCCUCCAUGAACCGAUGUACGUGUUGGUGGCCGGCCUCUGCGUGACGGAGCUGUACGGCAGCGCCGGCCUGUACCCCCUCCUGCUGGUCCAGCUCCUCUCCGACGUCCACACCGUCUCCGCCCCGCUCUGCUUCCUGCAGGUCUUCGUGGUCCACUCCUACGGGGCGGUGGAGUUCCUGAGCCUCGCCGCCAUGUCGUACGACCGCUACGUGGCCGUCUGUGACCCGGUGAGGUACGGCGCCCGUGUGACGCUAACGACGACGGCCAGGCUGGCGGCCUCCGCCUGGCUGUACUCCUGCGCCGUGGUGGCGCCGGCGCUGCUGAUGGCCUCGCGCCUGCGGCGGUGCGGCGCUGCAGUGGACAAGGUGUACUGCGACAUGCACUCAGUGGUGAAGCUGGCGUGCUCCGGUGACGACGUCGCUGCCGUCAACGCGUACGGCCUGGCCGCCACCUUCGGCACCAUCGGCGCCGCCCUGCUGCUGAUCCUCUACAGCUACGGGAGGAUCCUGGCCGUGUGUUUCUCCGGGUCCAGGCAGACCCGGCAGAGGGCCGUCAGCACCUGCACGCCUCACUUGGCCUCCGUGCUCAACUUCACCUUCGCCGGCAGCUUCGAGAUCUCGCAGAGUCGGUUCGACAUGAGCGCCGUCCCGGCGGCGCUGCGCAUAUUCCUGUCGGUGUAUUUCCUGACGGUGCAGCCGCUCUUCAACCCCGUCAUGUACGGCCUGAAGUUGGCCAAGAUACGCAACAUCUGCAAGAGGCUCGUCUCAUCUCAGUGUUAA